CCGCCGCGCGCCUCCGCUGUCCCGCGCCGCUGCCGCCGCCGCCGCCGCGCUCGCUGGCUGGCCCGGAGCGGGCGCCGGGCUACCCCGGGAGGAGAGGACAGCCAGCGCCACCGCUGCCGCUUCGGCCCGGGCCCAGGCUACGGCCCCAACCCCACCCCUGGCGCCGGCUUCAGCUCCGGCCCGGGCCCCAGCCCCGCGCCCGGCCGGGCAAUGAAGUGUCACUACGAGGCGCUGGGGGUGCGGCGCGACGCCAGCGAGGAGGAGCUCAAGAAGGCCUAUCGGAAGCUGGCCCUGAAAUGGCACCCGGAUAAAAAUCUGGAUAAUGCUGCAGAAGCCGCUGAACAAUUUAAAUUAAUCCAAGCAGCUUAUGAUGUGCUGAGUGACCCUCAAGAAAGAGCAUGGUAUGAUAAUCAUAGAGAGGCUCUGCUUAAAGGUGGGCUUGAUGGAGAAUAUCAAGAUGACAGCUUAGAUUUGCUUCACUAUUUCACUGUUACUUGUUACUCUGGUUAUGGAGACGAUGAAAAGGGCUUCUACACAGUAUAUCGUAAUGUUUUUGAAAUGAUUACAAAGGAAGAGCUAGAAUCUGUGUUAGAGGAUGAUGUUGAGGAGUUCCCAACUUUUGGAGAUUCUCAGAGUGACUAUGAUACGGUAGUCCAUCCUUUCUACGCUUAUUGGCAGAGUUUCUGCACUCAGAAGAACUUUGCUUGGAAGGAAGAAUAUGAUACUCGACAGGCUUCAAACCGCUGGGAAAAACGAGCCAUGGAAAAAGAAAACAAAAAGAUUCGAGACAAAGCAAGGAAAGAGAAGAAUGAGCUUGUCCGUCAGCUGGUUAAUUUCGUUCGUAAAAGAGAUAAAAGGGUGCAGGCUCAUCGGAAACUUGUAGAGGAGCAGAAUGCAGAGAAGGCAAGGAAAGCUGAAGAGAUGAGGCGGCAACAGAAGCUAAAACAGGCAAAAUUGGCGGAGCAGUACAAAGAACAGAGCUGGAUGAAGGUGGCGAAUUUGGAGAAGGAGCUCAGGGAAAUGGAGGCGCGCUAUGAGAAGGAGUUUGGAGAUGGAUCGGAUGAAGAUGUAGUGGAGGAAGAUGAGUCCAAAGAUGGACAGGAUGGUAAAGAUAGUGAUGAGACCGAGGAUGCUGAGCUUUAUGAUGAUCUUUACUGCCCAGCAUGUGACAAAUCUUUCAAGACAGAAAAGGCCAUGAGGAAUCAUGAAAAAUCAAAGAAACAUCGAGAAAUGGUUGCCUUGUUAAAGCAACAGUUGGAAGAGGAGGAAGAAAAUUUUUCAGGGCCUCAAACUGAUGAAAAUACAUUGAAUGCCAAUUCCGAGGAAGAAAUGGAAGAGUCACAAAAACAAAAGCUUUCUAAGAAACAGAAGAAAAAGAAACAGAAACCAGCACAGAGUUAUGAUGAUAAUUUCAACGAAAAUGGAACUGUAGAAGGAGUAAAGGUUGAUCCAGAAGAUGUCAACUUAAAUCAAGACAGUGCCAAAGAAUCGGAAGGUGGUCCCCCAAAAAAUGUCAGUGUCACAGAGACCAUCAAACAGUGUGGUGACCCAAAAAGUGAAGCGAAAAGGUGAGGCUGUGCCCUGCUCACUGAAGUGUUAGUGACUGUCUUCCUAUGCACAUGACAGUCGGGCUGGAUGAGGAUGUGUCUACAGAUCAGCAGCUCGGGGCCCUCCUGCUUGGAGUCCUGGACUCCUGGACUCCUGAUGCUGCACAACGCUGCACAAGAUAACCCUCUGAAAGCAUCUUUGAGGGUCUUGACCACAGGUCACCCAGCUGCUGGUACAACACUGCCCACCUGGAAAGGAGAGCUCCUCACCUCACAGCUUUCACAGCCAGUAGUUUUUAAGUCAUUAGAAAGUUCAUUUUUAACCUAAGCAUAUCAAACCAUCAUAUCUACUUGCUUUAGCCUCCCCUGCACUCCUCCACCCCCCCUACCCUGCAAGAAUAGUCAGUUUCCUAUCAGUGCAAACCUUAAAAAUCUGCUAUUCUCAACACCCACCUCCUUGUUUAUCAAGGAGAAAUGGGCCUGUCCUGCUCCUUCAAGUUUUCAGCCCUCCCCACACUAAGGACUGACUCCUUGCUUUAAAAAAGAAUUCAGCUAUACUCUGUACACAGAUUUUAUCCCAGCUUACUCAUCCAAAAGUUAAAAACAGCACCAAUUGAAAUCUUAAACUGUAUGUGAAAAAACACUUCCAGUGCCAGCAUUUAAAAGAAAAAAAAAAAAAGAAUGAAGUAAGGAUGAUGAUUUAACCCAACAAGGGAAAAUAGUGUUGAGUAUCUACUGAUAUUCCCCUUGUGCCCCACCUUCUGUUCAGAAGAGGAUGCAGCCAUGUGUUACGCACUUUGUCUGCUUUAGCUUCUGUUGCUGCCUCAUUUCGUCAGCUUUUCUCAACGUCUGUGUUCUGCUCCUCCACAAGUUUUUGAUGAGCCUGUUUUAUCUCUUUUUUGUCAUUUUUAAUGCAGUUUUAUUGAGAUAUAUUGAUGCACCAUACAAUCCAUCCAGUUUACAAUACACAUCACAUUGUUGUCUAUUCAUCACCACAGUGAAUUUUAGAAUAUUUUCAUUACUCCAAAAAUAAAAACAAAGCCCAAACAUCCCAUGCCCCUUAUCUGCCGCUAUUAUUGACUCCUAGCAUUGGUGUGGUACAUUUGUUUCUGUUGAUGAAAGGGUAUUAAAAUUACUGUUAACCAAA